AUGCAUAUUACUGAAUACAAAGAAGAGGAAUUGAGACAGUUGAGAGCUGUCGAGUUGAAACAACUCAUAUUGGAUGCCGGUGGAAAGGUAGACGGUUGCUAUGAGAAAGAAGAUUUCGUUGAGACUGCAAUAAAGCUAAGACAAAUAGUACCUGCACCACACAACAAUCAAGCGUUAUCACCUUCGACAGCACCCAUCAAAUUGGAGAAAGCAGACUACUACGAAGUACUGGGUGUCAGUAAGACUGCAACUCAUUCCGAAAUUAGAAAAGCAUAUUAUAAAUUAGCAACUGAAUUUCAUCCUGAUAAGAAUAGAAAUGAUCAAUAUGCAGAGGAAAUGUUUAAGAGAAUUAGUGAGGCAUAUCAAGUGUUGUCAGAUGCAGACAAGAGAAAGAAAUACGAUCAGUUUGGAUUCGAUGGUAUGAAUGAGAAUAUGAUUGAUCCGAUCGAUUUGUUCAGAUUGAUAUUCGGAGGUGGUCAGUUCCAAGAUUUCUUUGGUGACCUCUCAUUCUACGAGAUGUUUGCACAGGCAGAGACCGACCCAUCACAAAUCAAACAACCAACUCCCGAAGAAAUGGAAAAGAAACAUCGUGCAAGAAUCGAUGAACUUUGCAAACAACUCAUUAUACUCAUCGAGCCAUAUACACAGGGUAACAAGAAGGAAUUCACUGAAAUGGAAGCGAAACAACAUACUACCUUUGGAUUCAUUCACGAACUUUCAGAGAAGAGUCACAGAAUGGGAGAGAUGUUCUCGAUGGUGAAGGCCGCCGUCAAGAUGCAGAGUCAGGUCAAUACGAUGGAUGAGAAUGCACCACCCGAAGGUCUGCUCAAGGAAGGUCUAAAGUUGAUUUGGAAGGUCGGUCGACUCGAUAUCGACACGGCUGUGCGUGAAGUCUGCGAGGAAGUUAUGAACAAGAAGAAAGUGGCCUCGAAAGAGCGAAAACUCAGAGUCGAAGCAAUCAAGCUGAUCGGUCAAAUCUUUGAGAAGAAAGGAAGUGAAUCAAAGAGUACCGGUCCAGACGAUAUUUUCAAUCUUUCAAUGCCACCACAAUCACCAUCACAAACAUCAACAACCACUACCACCACUUCAACAACAUCAACCACAUCAACCGCACCAACCUCCAUGAAAGAUCAAAAAGAAUAG